ACAUUGAAAAGAUCGGUGGAUCGCGGAUUCGCGAAUCGCCUGUAGAAUUCGGUGUGGAUUGAGAUGUCGGAUAUCGGCAGCGGUGACGAGGGAAUUUCUAGUCAGAAAUAUCAUGGUCAAGGUAUGGAUGCAGGCGGGAACAACUUUGACUCCGGUCAACAGCAGCAGGAGCAGGAGUUGGCGACGAAGAUGCUGCAGAUCCAGUCAAAACGGUUCUACCUCGACGUGAAGCAGAACCGACGGGGGAGGUUCAUCAAAGUGGCAGAGAUCGGCGCAGACGGGCGGCGGAGUCAGAUAUUCCUGGCGAUGUCGACGGCAGCGGAGUUCCGCGACCACCUGUCGGCGUUCAGCGACUUCUACAGCUCGCUCGGCCCGCCCAACCCCGACAACGUGCCGGAGGACGGCAAGCUCAAGUCCGAGAUGAUGCUCAAGGACAACAGACGGUACUACCUUGACCUGAAGGAAAACUCCCGCGGGCGGUUUCUGCGCGUGUCCCAGACGAUCACGCGGGGCGGGCCGCGCUCGCAGGUGGCGCUGCCGGCGCAGGGCAUGAUCGAGUUCCGCGACGCCCUCACCGACCUGCUCGAUGACUUCGGCACCGACGACGGCGGAUUCAAAGGCGAAUUGCCAGAAGGAAGACAUUUGCGCGUCGACAACAAAAACUUCUAUUUCGACAUCGGGCAGAAUAACCGAGGCAUCUACAUGAAAGUCAGCGAGGUGGUACCUUCGUUGCAAGUGAAGAGCAACUUCCGCACCGCGAUCACGGUGCCCGAGAAGUGCUGGGCGCGCUUCCGCGACAUACUCGCCGACUACUGCGACAAGAUGAGCCGCGCGCAGCUCUCGCCCGAGCCGCACCAGGGUUCUGGAUCAACUCGCGCCGGCAGCGCUCAGCCUUCGCGGGACAUAGACACGUUCUCGGGCGGCGCCCAGAGCCGUAUUUGAUGCGACCCCCGCCUGCUCGCGCGCCACGACCACUGACUCCCGCGCGGCCGCAGCCCCGGCCCGGCCGGCCCGCACGGUCCCGGCCCGGACGGCCCGCGCUGGGCCGACCUCAUGGCCCGGCUGUUCGGACCGGCGUGGUCACCCCAGUGACGGGACUGUAGUGGAGUGGUCCAGGACUGUCCCCCGAUCGCCGACCGAACGGUCAAUCUGCGAGCUUCUUCUACGGGCGGUUUCUCGAGUUCACUAACGGCUUAGAGCUUUACUUUUUUUGUAAAUAUUUUUUGUUUGGCACCCGACUAAUCAGGUUUACGAUAUGGGCGUUUCGGCCUUUAUUUUUGCGCCGUGGUGUCGUAUAUGAACAUUGUUUAACAAUAUAUUUUUUUUAAUUUAACGCCUUUCGAAGUAACAAAAUUAUUUUUAUAAGAUAUUUUCGAUUUGCUUGAUUUAACCUCGCACAAAAUUUAAUUUAUACCUUUACUUAAGCGCGUUAAAACUCGAA